AUGCCUAAAUCUUGGACAGACAAUGAAAUGGCGGGUAAGGACUGGUUAACUUUGUUCAAACGUAGGAACAGGUUUUCUUCCAGGAGACCAGAACCUUGUAGCCUAGCAAGAGCUACAGCCUUCAACCGAAACAACGUCAAUAAUUUUUACAAUAAUUUAGAAGAUCUGAUCAAGAGAAACUCGGCUUUUGCAAAUGGUACCCGUAUAUUUAAUCUGGAUGAAACAUCAACGACAACAGUGCAAAAGCCUCAAAAAGUAAUAGCACCAUUAGGCAGAAAAUGCAUUGAAAAAGUCACAAGUGGUGAGAGAGGAACUUUGGUAACCACAUGCUGCAUUGUAAGUGCCAGCGGCAACGCUUUGCCACCAGUUAUGAUAUUUCCUAGGAAAAAAUUCAAAGAUCAUAUGAUCAAAAACACACCUGCAGGAACACUCGGCUUAGCAACGCCUAGUGGAUGGAUGAACGCGGAUAGUUUCACAGAAGUAAUGAAACAUUUUAUCAAGCAUACGAACUCUUGCAAAGAAAAUCCUAGUAUGUUGGUAAUGGAUAACCACGAGUCACAUUUGAGCAUUGAAGCCAUACAGUUGGCAAAAGAUUGUGGAGUCAAUCUCCUCACUAUUCAUCCCCACACUUCGGGGAAAUUACAACCACUUGACGUGGGAGUAUUUAGCGCGUUCAAAGUAUAUUAUAAUGCUGGCAUCGAUUCCUGGCUUAUGACACAUCCUGGAAAGCCUGUUACCAUAUAUGACUUAGGUGAAAUCAUUGGGGCAGCCUUUCUUAAAGCAAUGACCCCAACAAACAUUACCAGGGCUUUUGCAAAAUGUGGUAUUUACCCAUUCGACAGAAACCUUUUUACAGACGAGGACUUUCUGCCAAGUACAGUAACAGAUCGUCCAGGUCCCUGUUCAGACUGUUUGCCACGUGAAGAAGGGCUCAUAAACGUAAACAUCAAUUCAAUGAAUGUCAUCGAGUUGGGAGCACCGGAAGAGACCACUACUGCGCACUCAUCGGAGCAUUCUAUUUCACAGACUUGUGCAACAUCAGAAAAACCAUGCUCACCAACGUUGGGUACUUCGACGACACAACCAAGUCAAAUUGAAACCACUGUUGUGUCUAUCAACCAUCAAUCCAUUUCUAAAGAAGUGGAAACGAAGAACCUGUCCGAUGAAGAUUCAAUUUUGACAAAAACAAAAGUAUCCAAUACCGUUUCAGUUCCAUCAGGACUCCAGUCAUUAAAAAUAUUAGCUCCUGAAGUGCUCAUAUCAGCAAUUUCUUCGAACAAACUUCCACCCAAGCCAUAUAUAAUUACCCCCGACACAAGACGUUGCUUUGACACCAUCCAUUUCUCAAUCAGCUGA